ACUUAGCCAGUGAUGUCCGGAAAUGGAAUCGAAUCCCGACCACCCCGUUCUUAGAGUCCGCUUCCUGGAAAUGAAACUCAAGUUCCUUCUCCUGGUUUUCAUAUUCUCCAUCAUGAUCUCUCAUGCAGCUGCAUUCGACCCACUGGAUCCAAACGGGAAUAUAACGAUCAGAUGGGAUAUCAUGUCCUGGACUUCUGACGGUUAUGUGGCUACCAUCACGAUGAACAACUUUCAAAUGUACCGGCAAAUACCGAAUCCCGGCUGGACUUUGGGGUGGAACUGGGCGAAGAAGGAAGUGAUAUGGAACAUGGUGGGAGCUCAGACUACAGAACAAGGGGACUGUUCGAAGUUCAAAGCCAACGUGCCUCACUGCUGUAAGAGAAACCCGAAAGUCGUGGACCUGCUCCCCGGAGUUCCAUACAACCUGCAGUACACAAACUGCUGCAAGGGCGGAGUCUUGGCCGCGUGGGCUCAGGAUCCCACCACCUCCAUCUCAGCCUUCCAGGUGAUCGUCGGGCAAGCAGGCACCUCCAACAAGACCGUGAAGCUGCCAAAAAACUUUACCUUGAUGGGCCCCGGGCCAGGAUACACUUGUGGGCCCCCAAGGAUCGUGCCCUCCUCAGCCUUCCUCUCGCCCGAUCGCAGGCGCAGGACCCAAGCUCUCAUGACGUGGAACGUUACAUGCACUUACUCUCAGUUCAUGGCCUCGAAGAACCCGAGCUGCUGCGUAUCAUUAUCCUCCUUCUACAGCGAUAUCAUCACUCCGUGCCCAACUUGUGCUUGUGGGUGCCAAACCCAAAAGGACUGCAUCAUGAGCGACUCGAAGCUACUGCAGGAGGAGGGAAUAAACACACCGAGGAAGGACAACCUCCCAUUGCUUCAGUGCACCCACCACAUGUGUCCCGUUCGGGUCCACUGGCACGUGAAGGUCAACUACAAGGAAUACUGGCGAGUGAAGAUCUCCAUAACUAAUUUCAACUAUCGACUAAACUACAGCCAGUGGAUACUCGUAGCCCAGCAUCCUAACCUCAACAAUGUGACAACUGUAUUCAGCUUCAACUACAAGCCCCUCGUUCCGUACGACUCUAUAAAUGACACAGGGAUGUUCUAUGGGACGAAGUACUACAACGACCUGUUGAUGGAGGCAGGCCCAUUCGGGAACGUUCAGUCGGAGCUGCUACUUCAGAAGACAAAGGAGACAUUCACGCUGAAGCAAGGAUGGGCAUUCCCUCGAAAAGUUUACUUCAAUGGAGAUGAGUGCAUGCUUCCUCCGCCUGACUCUUACCCUUUUCUACCAAACUCGGCUCAACUCAUUUUGGUGAAGUUCUCAACACUUGUAGCAAUUUUGCUUCCCGUAAUGCUGUCGAUUCAAUGAUAU